AGCGUGCUGGAUUUUCCACUGGAAUCAGAGAUAAAAACAAUUCCGUGCCUAGGAUACUGAUAUUGGUAUUUUUACAGUGGACAAGUCGACUGUGUGCUGCAUCAGGCUUCUAUAUCAAUCGAGGAGAAAUGGAUUACCUUAAAUCAAAAUGGGCGAUAUGGUUCAAAUCUCUAGAUGCUAAUCAUGACAAUAAACUCUCCACGGAAGACAUGGAUAUUUCUGCGAAAAAGUUUGAAGAAAUACAGAAAAUGCUUGGCGACAAAGUGAAAGACAAUGGGGGAUUUGACAACACAAAAUGGUGGAAUACUUACAUCUUUCGCAAAGGUCCAGGUGUAACUUUGACUCUCGAAGAAUUCCAGGCCACCUUAGGAGAAUCGUAUCAAAAAGACAAGGCGGCAUUCUAUCAAGAAAUGGUGAGAUGUUUUGACGAUAUCGCUUCAUUCGUUGCUGAAAACAAGGAGCGACCUAUCGAGGAACAGGAGUUCGCCUUUGGAUUUAAAGUUUUUGGUCAAGAGGAUUCGGCACAAGUGGGCAAAGCUUACCAGCUGUUCAAGGCCACCAAGGGUCAACCAAAUGUACAGCACAUAGUGGACGCCUGGGCCCAAUUCAUCGCAGAUGACGACGCGAGCAAACAGGAUAUGGUCAACGAGGCAUUUGGAAACUAAAAGAUUAUUGUAAUCAUAGGGCAGUGAACGAGACUCUGCUUGUAGCCAUGUCAUCAGUGUCUUGUAGUUAUUUAGCCGAGGUUGUUACUAUAGUAUAUACUUUUUAAUUAAUUGUUGUAUUUAAUGUGCCUUUGUCAAUUCCUUUAUAUUAUUGUAAUUUUUAUACUUUGUAUACUAGUAUAUUUGUAACUGUUAUGUAUGAAAAUCAAAAUAAAAUGUUUCAUCAUAA